AUGGACAAUAAUAAAGAAACUUUACAAGAUGAAAAGUUAUUUGAAAAUGAAAAUUUCGGUUUAAGUAUUAUUGCACAAAAUGAAGAAGAUUUACAAUUAUUUGAAGAAAUUUGUUUGAAACAUUUUUUACCAAUAUCAAAAGAAAGUUCUCUUGUGUCAUCGCAAUGCACCCAAACUAUGAUUGAACAUUAUUUAACCACAGGUAUUAACUACCUCCGGAGUGAAUAUGUAAUGAUUAUUCUUUUAAAAAAUGUUCAAUAUACUGAACUAUCAUCUUUAUCGUACGAAAAAGAAUUUUCAUCCAAUAAAAAAUCAUAUAAAUAUAACGUCAGAAUUAUAAUUCAAAAUGAAAAUGAAUCAAACGAAGAAUUGAUUACUAAAAUUCGAGAUAAUCUUCUUGGCGAAAUAUUUUUUAUCGAUCGUGAUGAUCAUGAAUCCAUUCCAUCAAUAGUUGCACCGCGGCAGCCUCAAUUUGUGUCUAUUUCAGCUUAUAGUCAAAUAGCCUGUUGGUCGUUACCACGUCGACGGGAUUUGAAACGAUUUCAAAAAGAUCUAGGUGUUACUCACAUCUUAACCCUACAGAAUCAUCAUGAAGUUAGCCAAACAAAUAUUUGUAAUUUUAUCAAAUCAGCAGGUAUUGAAUCAUUACAUAUACCUAUUGAAGGUGCCAAUCUUCCAGUUUUCACAUCGUCACAAGCAACAAUCGAUAUGCUUACUGAACAAUUACCUACCGUUCGGGAUUUACUUUUGAAUAGUACCGUGACAGAACCCGUUAAAAUGAUCAUUCAUUGUGCAGCCGGUUUACAUCGAACUGGCACUAUUACAUAUUUACUUUUAAGACUAUGCCAUUUUACUGUUAAUCAAGCUCUAUUGAUUGUCAAUAGAACAAGAGCAAUAACAGCGAGACAAGUUGGAAAGAAGAGAAUUGACGCCGCUGAAUAUAAUCUCUUGGAGAAAAUUCUGCCGGAUUUAAAGAAAAAUAAAAUUGAUCCAGGUGAAUGA